AUGUCUGACGGCAGGCAGCGCGCUCUGUCCACCUCUGGAGAGUCUCUGUAUCACAUCCUGGGGCUGGAGAAAGGCUGCAGCCAUGACGACAUCAAGAAGUCGUACAGGAAGCUGGCGCUGCGGUACCACCCCGAUAAGAACCCGGACAACCCGGAGGCGGCGGAGAAGUUCAAGGAGCUGAACAGCGCCCACGCCGUCCUGAGCGACCUCACCAAGAGGAACAUCUACGAUUCGUAUGGCUCGCUGGGACUCUACGUGGCCCAGCAGUUUGGAGAGGACAACGUCAACACAUACUUCAUGCUGUCCACCUGGUGGGCCAAGGGUCUGUUCGUGCUCUGCGGGAUCGUCACCGGCUUUUACUGCUGCUGCUGUCUCUGCUGCUGCUGCAACUGCUGCUGCGGCAAACUCAAGCCGCCACCCACAGGAGAGGGGGCGGAGCCAGACUACGCCUCCCCCGACGACCUGGAGGAGGAGAUCCGCAACGAACCUGAAAAUGACGUCGAAGCUCCGAUUGUUCACCAGCCGACGAACGCCAGCGAGAAAACUCAGCUGAUUGGCGAUGGCCACCGCAGGUACGGGGACACCUACACAUGA